GAGAAUGAAUACAUAACAGACGUAUAGGGGCCAAUCACAGACGGCAUGGGACUUACCUCCUUUGUCAUCAAUGGGAUGCGGACGAGUCCAUCGUUAGAUUACAAGGGGUGAAGAUCUUUCGAUAAUGUACAAUAAUUAACACUGUUGAUAUAUAAACAGCGUAUUUUGUGGUAAAUCUUAUUUAAACAGAUGAAUAAAUAUAUAAAAUAAACAUUUUUGUUAGUGUGUAAUAACGAAGUGAAUUAUUUUUCGUUUUUAAAUUAAACGACUUCACCCUAGUAGUAUUAAUUGGAUGUUCCAUAGUGUAGUUCAGCUGACUUCGUGUAGUGAGUUCCGAGUAAGAGUAGUAGAACAGCCGGUGUGGGAAUAGAUACAUCGUCAAAUUCGUGUACCAACCGGUUGGUAAAAAAAAUAUUUUCUCAAAAUUAAUCAAGUUUAUACCAUGAACAAGUGAAUUUGUAAUAAAUUUCAGUGAAACUCGUUUAUAAAACAUAAUUCAAAGUGGCGGAAUAUACGGGAUCUCGAACUCGAAAAGAAAAUAUGCUAAAAUUUCUUACGCAUAAACUAAGAACUCAUUCUAUUAGUGAAGAUAAUUACGUUGGAAAGGUCGAUGAAGACCACGAUUCAGGUACGGAAUCUGAUGAAGAAAUUGAUGAACCAGAGCUGGGUACUUGCUCCGAUCGAGUAUGUAACGUAUCACCAACUGAUACCGGAUGUUCGAUGGAAAGUCCCGCUCCCGAUCAACACGACGCUCAUAGUUCCGAAGAAGAAUUGGAAGUUAUCAAUAGCAAUAGCAAAAUGCGGCGAUCAAUGGCGCCUCCUAGACCCUUGAGGUCGUCUUCCGUGUGUUUGGCGGAAAAAAGAAAAUGGUCACAAAUAGGAGACACGCAAAAUCGAAGGUAUACACCUGAAAAUGAAGAAAAUAUGUCUCAUUAUAGUAAUUUAUCACCAUCUCCAUGUUCGCCAUAUCAACUCAAACGUUGUAGCUGCUCCGAAGACGGCGCCCACCCUAUUGAACAUUCGGGUUCAUCUGACGAUGAGGUUCACCAAUUCUUGAACACUUGGACCACCCCUGUACAAUUUCGAACAUCCCCGCCGCUGGAAGCUGUUAAACCCGAACGAAGAUCAAUCGUUUUAAGUAAGGGUCGUUCGACGAGCCCACCCGCUAAGCUACUACACUACGAAGAUUCCCCAAGAAAAAGAACCAAACAUAUGAAACAUGCACAUAUCCAAAGGCCCUACCUCGAUUUCGAAAAAAUGCAGCAGAUGAAGACGAGGUCUGUGACAGCAUGGCGUCAUACAACCGAUCAUACCGGCGAAUUAUCAGUGUUUUGUUGGUGAGAUCAACUUCAAGGGCGAUCUAAAUCGCCCUGUGAUUCAGCUGAAUACUCUUUAGAGGUCGACAAUGUUCCAUCUUGUUCACGACCCGAUACAACUUCAUAGUUUAUUGGAUAAAUUUAACCGUACUAAAACUACUAACAGACCCACGGGUUUUUCUAUAGAGUAACUUAUCGAAAGUUUACGUGUCGAAUAGGGUGGAUUAGAUAUACAGUGAGACGUCGAAACAAUUUUAGUAUUAAGAAUUAACGUUCAAAUAAAAAUUUUUUUAAGGAGAAGAAGGCGGAAAAACAUCAGAAAAGUAGGUUGAACGGGUACAAAUUUCUAGAUCUCUUAUAAAACGAAUUUGAUUUAACAUUUUUUGAAAAAAUAAAAAAAAGAUAAAUCAUUAAUUUUAUUAAUUGUGAAAAUAAAUUUGAAGGAUGUCAAUUAUAAUGAUAAAAAUCAUAUUUCGGCCACUAAUUUUCCAUUCUUUAUGUCAUUUCUGACAUAUCACCAAUAAUUACACAGAAAAUCCCUGAAGAUGUUAACUUUGUUAUUGAAACGUGCAUCACACUGUACUCGUGAGGAUUGGUAUAAUGAUGAAUAUCUCAAAGUUACUUCGUUAUAUAUGUCAUAUGUCGCUUAUCUAAUUCCAUUGGUGGUUUGUAACAUAAUCGUCGAUUUUUGGUUUCUUGCAAGAGCCAAAAAAAUCGUUAUAUAGGGGGUAAUGAAUAUAUCCAAAAACUAUUAUGUUCAAUGUUACCAUGUUGGUAGGCAGAUAUUUCCAAACUAGCUCUCAUGACUUUGGAGUUAUGAGCUCUAAUGGUUGCUUGGGUAUCUGAUAACAUAAAUAAUAUGUUUCUGCUUGAAAAAUACUUGUUGUUUUACCUAAUCUUUCAGAAUAUUUGAUUAUAGACUUUAGUCUCAAAGUAACCCCAUAAGACACAGUCCAUUGGAUUCGUAUCCGGACUUCAUGGUGGCUAGGGGAUAUAUUCUCUUUGAGAUAUCACUUUGUUAAGAAAAUAUUGACAGAAAAUAGUAUUAGGGGUAGGAGCAGUUGCUCCAUUUUAUUAAAACCAGGUGCGAGUAUUGAAGUUUUCAAAAUUCUGCAACUGAAUAUCAACAUACUAGAUUAAAGUAACUUUCAAGGUUAUGUAAGAUUCUUUGAUGUUUGUGUUAUCGGUUUAUGAUACUACAGUAGAAACAAUUUUGCCUGUUGAUGUGAAAGUGAGCCUCAUCAGAGAAUAACACAUUGUUAAAUGAAGUAAAAAUCAAAAUCAUUUCAUUUACGAGUUUUUGUCUACUAGUAGAGUUAAUUUUUUUUUCAUUUUAUAACCUUUACGAAAAUACUUGGUAGUUUUUUCUGUAACGAAUUAUUCCUCUACGUCGAUGUUUUCUUAGGUUCAGUUCAGGUUUUAUCCUUUUCCUACAUUCAAGUGAAACGCCCCGUGGCGACUGAUUUCUUAAAGACGGUUGGGGCUUGGAAAUUUCAAAAGACUUGUGGGACAAGAAAAGUAAAAUCCAAAAAAUGUUGUAAGGAGAAAGGAAUGAAGGAAAUAGGCCAUCAAUGCCUGGAUUGUUCUUUAUAUUUUUGUAAAUUUGGAAGUUCUUUGUUUGGAAACAUUUUAGAAAACCUAAAAAAUUAUAUCAAGAGCUGCUACUGGUUUUGAGCGUCUAAUAGAGAUGUAUUUUGAUAGUACUGACGUAAAUGACUCAAAUGUGUAACUCUAACUUUGGUAGUUUGUAAGAUAGAGAAUAGUAAAUAGUACAGAAAAAAUGUUUGAUUGGAAUAUUUUUAUGGGACAUCCUGUAUAAAAUUGGAACGUUGUAUAGAAGAUAUUAACAUUCUUCAAAUUUUUUUUACGAAAUUUUUUCAAAGUUUAUAUAAUAUACAUUGUAAAAAGUUGUAGAAAAUUUUGUAACGACUGAUAAUGUAAAUAUAAAAUUUAAAAAAAAAUCGACUUAUUCAUAAUAACAAGAUUCAAUAAUGGUUCAUAUUAACGAUCUCAAUCGAUUAAUUGUACUAAUAAUAUAUAUAUUUAAAUAAUAUGAAUUUGUUCAUCAAAUCAGAAUUUUUUUGAAACUUUGCAACGUCGUAAAUUUUUCCUGAAGUAAAAGGACGAUACUUUAAUCGCCAUUUUAUAAAUUAAAGGGACAUCUAAGAGUAAAAAUGUUAACUUGAGAGUAUUAGUAAUAUUUUAUUUUUUUCUUGAUGAAUUGUCUUAAUUUUAGGUUCCUUUAAAUAGAUAAUUGGUUUCAAAGAAAGUGUCAAUUUUUACCUGUUUUCUAUCAAAAGAAACUUAAAAUUAUAACGAUUUAUCAAAAAAAAUUAUAAAAAAAAAUCUAAGGAGUGAAAAAUUGAAGAAAAAUUUUAUUUUUUAACAUCUAUUAUUUCAUGAUCCUUCCAAAGUGUUUAACAAGUUCAUUAUUUUAUGAAUUUGUUCAUUUAUUGCAUUUUAAACGUUUUUUUUUCUUCAUAUGUAUUUGAAAAUUCGAAAAUUUAGUUUGUUUUACUUUUUCUAUGUUAUUUCCAUUAUUAAUUUUAUUAACUAUAUCUAGUACUUACCUAGCACUUUCCAGAACUUUCAUAAAUCAUUUUCACUAUUCGCUUAUAUAGAAAAGACUGACCGAAAACAAAUACGAGAAAAUUACAUACUUUUCUCCAUGUUUGUUCACUACUAGCUCGCGUAUAGAUUGUUUUUGACAGAGGUACUUUUUGUUUUACUUUUUUGGUCUCUACCUUAAGGGUCCUUGAGCGCAAAAGAAAUCGAAAUUAAAUUGACAUAAUAACUCUUUAUUAGUUUAGUUGUUUGGCAUCUACUUUUGAAGUACUUCACCAACAAUGAAAUUAUUGGAUUGAUCAGUUGUACCAACUGUUACUACGUAUAUAAAACAAACCGAAAUAAAAUUUGAAAAAAAUAUCCACUUUCCUCAAUAUUUGUUCAUAACUGUUUGACAGAAUCUCUUCUUCAUGGUUUAGUUUUUUGGCCUCUACCUUAAUAGUACCAAAGUACCAAAGAAAUUGAAAUGAAAUUUAUUGGUUUGAUCAGUUGUACCAAUGGUAACAUACGUAGAUGAAACAGACCUAAAUCAAAUUUUAACUUGAGAAGACUUCUUUACUUCUCGGUCGCCAUUUUGAAGUAGAUCAGCUGUUUUCUUAGCCAUUCAAAUAGGCAAUAUUUGAAUUUGACGGAAUUACUUCUUGGUUGAAUUUUUGGCCUUUAUCACCAACAGUAUCCAACCAGAUAUGACAUUCAAAAAAAUUGUAACGGAUUCAUCAGUUAUACCAAUGGUUAAUAAUAAAAUGAACUAUAUGCGACGUUGCCUUAAUUAAAUUGAUUUCAGAUUUGGUUGGAAAUAUUUGUUUUAUACGAAAAUGGAGUUUAUAUUAUAAUUUCUAUGGUGGUAAACGAUAAAACCAUCUUAAAUUAAUAGAUCACCGUUUAUCGAAAUUAUUUUUAUAAUUUAUAAUUGAAUACAUAAUUCUGAUUUGAUCAACAUACGUUGAUUAUAAUAUAACUAACAAAAAAACUCGUUAUUGAAACUUGUUAUUUUGUUUAAAAGAAAGUCGAUGAAAUUUCUAUUGAAAACGCAAUUUUACCAAUAUAUAAUGUACUUGUAGGUUGUUUAAAUCUCUAUUGUAAAUAAUUUUCUUUUUAUCAAAUCCUGGUUGUAUUACAGGUAAUAAUAAAAGUUGAUUUUUAUCGGAAUCGAUGUUUAGAAAAAAUUUGGUCACAAAUUCUGAUUCGUGACGAUAAAUUCAAGCAAUAACUUUUUUUUUUUAAACAUUAUAUCCACUGGAUAUUUCGAGUUGAUUCCAAUAUUUUUUUUAGUAACUUUCAUUGCUAAUUUAAUUAAUUAAUAAAAGUUGAAAAAAUACCUGUCUGUUCAAUAAGUUUUCGUCAUUCGAUUAAAAAUUCAAGGCCCUUUCUCCAGUGAUCUAAUUUACCAAAAAAUACUCCUUGCUAAAUAGCAUGAUUUUACAUCAUAUAAACUCGUUAAUUUAACGUUUUAGAUGUUUAUCAAAAUCCUAUAUGUUGCAAAUUAGUACUUCCAGUUUUGCCAGUAAUUGAAUGAUUUUCAGUUCGGUUUUUUGAACUGGCUUUAUAAAUGACUCCAUAUAAAUAUCAGCAAUUCCCGACUAAUCAGCCUAUUAAAAUAAUUUAAGCUAGACGAACCCUCACUCAACGUAACCCAAAGUUAACCUAACCUAAUUGAAGCUAAAGCAAACCUAAAGUAAGUUAAGGUUAACCUAACCUGAUCGAAGCUAAAGUAAACCUAACCUAAUAGGAGCUAAAACUAACCUAACCUAAUAGAAACUACAGUUAACCCAAUCUAAUCGAAGAUAAGGUAAAUCUAACCUAAGCUAAAGUAUACCUAACUUUUCUUCAACUUUUUUACUUCUUAGACCUUUUAUAUGUUUUUUUGUGAUAAUUUGUCUUUAUUUUAGGUCUUUUUUCUAUGAAAAUCAAUUUGAAAUAACACGGAAAAGUAUACCUAACCUAAUCUAAGCUAAAGUAUACCUAACCUUACUAACCAAACCAGAAAAUGGAUCCCUUCCUCAGUCUGCUUAACAAUAUCAAGAGACAGUUCCCAAUUCGAAAUUAAGUAAAAGUUGAAAAAAAACGCGAACAACAAUUAUUUUUGCCUUUUUUUACUUUACGUGGUUUUCCUUUUGAACCAAACCCUUAUCUCGUUAAAAUAAUCUCCCCAAAAUAAAACCCUUCGUUUAAUUUAUAAAUCAAAUUUAGAAAAAUCGAACCGGAAGUUAAUCCACCUAGAAAACGCUAAAUUAACGUGUUUUAUUAUGAUUCUAAAACUUCCGUAUGGAUUGAAAUCAAAAUUGAUUUUCGAAAUAUUUCUACUAAAUUUGAGUAAAUUUUUUAAUAAUUGAAUAUAAAUCGCCACCAUUUUAGAUUAAAGUGAUAGCGAUCAAAAUCAACGUGCUAUUCUUGGACGAAUCUCAUAGCGUCAUCUCUUAUUGAACGGCGAGACUUAUUGAGCAAUAGCUUAGAAAGAUUCCUAUUUUUUUUGGUUUUUUCUAUUCGUCCGUGAGAAAACGUUUCGGAAGAAAAAAUUCUCAUCGACGCUAUUAGAAGCCGUUUUUAUAUAGAAUCGUCGAAAAUUCCAAAAAAACUAAUUAUCAAAUUUGAAAAAAAAAAGAAAUUGGAAAGUAUUUUCGACAAUUGUGAAACAAAUGACUUACAUAUUUUUUUACAAAUCUUGUACUUUUGUGAAUAUUUAUAUAUAUGAAAUGGUAGAUCUCGGUGUUUUUAAAAUAGAUUUAGUUCCCUAUAACAAUCUCGGGGGCUGAACGAAUCGUGGAAAUAAAUUUCCAAAUUAGUUAAUACGAUUUAAAAUGGACAAAAUAACACUAUUAUCAAGUCGAAUAUUUGAAUCACUAUUGAUGAAUACUUCCUGAAGGAAUUACUUCAUCUUGUCUCGUCCUUUAUUAUUUCCCAGUCCAUGACAGCCUCAAAACUACCCUAAAAAGUUGAAAUUACUCGUUAGAUGCCCUAAUAUUGUUAAAACAUAAUCAAAAUGAGUGUGAAAAUUAUUUGUAAAAUCGUUUAUCAUGUACGUAGAUGAAAUAUAACGUAGAAGAGUCCCGAGAAACAAAUUUUGAUAUCUAAAGUGUGAAACGUCAAAAAUGACAUAUUUGUUCAAAACGAAGAUAUAUUCUGAAUUCUGAAGAUUACUCAGAAGUUAAAUGAACCAAACUGGUCAUCAUCGAUUUUUCAAAAGUGGUAAAAUCAGUCCAAUAAUAUGUUAAUGCCAAUUUUUCAAAAUAGCAACUAGAACCUCAACACGUCAACAAGUCAUUUGACUAUCUCGCAUCUUUCUUCUCUCUUGUAAAACCUGUCACCUCUGGUGGGUCUCGAGUUAAGGGUUGUUGAGACAUGUCUUGGUAAUUCAUACGUUUAAGUGGAUAUGGGUUUGGAGAUUUGGAAGGCUUCAUUUUAGUGGUUCCACAAAUAGUAAUUCAAACCUUUAAGGCCCACGAUUCAUUUCUAUUUUCUCAUAAGUUUUCUGCUUCUACAGGUUACCAUUUUGCGCUACAAUGUUCUAACAUUACAGCCAAUCAAUUUCUUUGGCCCAAUUUUGUUUCUUCUGCCUUUGUUGAAACCCACGUUUCACUUCCAGUGCAACUAGUAUCCGAAAUUUGAUUCAAUUCUUUAAGUGAUUAGAAGAAACUGUGGAAUACCGCUCAUCUCGCCUGCAAACGAUCACAUAUUCACGAUUUGUAACAACUAAUCCAGUUCUUCCUUUAAAGGACUGAACUUUGAUACGAUGAUGUCGUUUUUUACCAUGGGUAACCAAUAGAAAGCCUAAGAGUUGAUUUAAAAUGAAAUGUAUUAGAUAGAACAGGUCUUUGAAAUCUACAUUGAACAUUUCAAAGAGUUUUGUUGAAAUGAUGGUCGUGUCUUGUUUUGUUUCUACGCACACGUGGCAAACAAAAGUAGUUCUCUUUGUACCUAUUAGAUAAUAGGAACGUUUUCAGUUCUUCUUGCCCAAAAAUUAUUCUGGUUUAGGCAGACAUUAAAUAUGACGAAAACCAACUGGAUAAUUGGAGAUUUAGUGAACAAUUCAUCAGUACAACAGACGUCUUCACCAGAAUAUGUGAUUCCGUGAGCCAAAGUGAACUUUUCGAGCUGCAUUAUGUCAUCCCAGUUGCUAUUAAAAUGGAUGAAUUCGUAGCCAGGGCGUCUACGAAAUCACACGGCGUCUAAUUUGGUGAUCGUGGAAACCAUACAAACCAAGCUCUGUCAUUAGGACCUUUGCGAUUAAUAUAGUGAUCGGGUAUAAUGACGUCGAACCAAUCGACUACAUCGUUAUGCCAAGUGAAAUAGCAUGUGAUUCAUCAUUCUUCUCAUAUAUGUAAUAUGGACAGUUUCUAUAACUGGAAGCUGUUCCGACUAAGAAAGACAGAAUGAUAACUAUCUCUUCAUCUUACGAGGUUUCAGCUCGGUUCUGCGCAUUCUCAAGCAUGCGCAGUUUAGAUAAAGUACAUCGAACGAGAAAGAAAAUGAAUAUUGUCGACGAAGGGACUUUUUUUCCCAUACCAACUGUUUAUAUAGAAGCGGGAUAUGAUUUUUCCAACUUGGUUUAGUUCGAAUGUCGAUUUUUAGUAGGACAUUUCAAUAACUUUUAUCAGUAAUGCUGGGACCACACUAACGAGAAAUUAACCGUAGGUGUAGCCACGACUUAACGCGAUAAUUUAAUAGUGGAACGCGUAGUGAUGCUUGGCAACGAAUCACGAGUUUUUAUUGUCAAUAAUGAGCAUUGACGUUAACCGCUAGUGGGACCCCAGCCUAACAAUUUUGAAAAUUGUUACGUAUUGUAUAGAAAUUGCGAAACUAAGACUUUGCACGUUGUUUUGUAACCGUGCAAAAUUGAUUUGUGAUAUGAAUAUAGUCAUAUAGAAAUUAACUUUGUACCUUGAACUUAAUAUAUAAGAGAACGUAUGAAUUUUGGUAAGAAAUAUUUUGAUUCUAAGCAUGCGCACAUGUAUAGAUAUUUCAAUUGGAUCCCAUGAAAAAAAAAUUACACUUUUAUAAAGAAUACAUUGUUUAUAUACAAAAUUAAAUACAUCGGGAUCAGAAUUAUAGCGCGUUUAUAAUAAUUUUUGUAUAAAAAUGUUUCAAUAUAUUUUUUACCAAAAUUAAACAAUUAUUUCUAUAUGCCUAUUGUCGCACAUUAUAUUUAAUAUUAUAAUUAUUAAGUUUUGAGUGUUUUUUAUCAAAUCUUUUGGUCCAAUAAAUAUUUUAUACUGUG